AUGUCCGAUUUGGGAAGCCACAACAAGAGUUUCCCCAACACCUGGAACGUGAGCGGCAGCGGCCCCUGGUUGCUGGCCUUCCUGCUGACCGUGGUCGUCCUCAUCACCGUGUGCGGCAACGUGCUGCUCAUUGCCCUAGUCUUUGCCCAGCGCUCCCUACGCUGCACCUCCAACUGCUUCCUGGUGUCCCUGUUUCUGUCCGACCUCAUGGUGGCGCUGGUGGUCAUGCCCCCGGCCGUGCUCAACGUGCUGUGCGGGGCCUGGGUGCUCUGGCCUGCCUUCUGCCCCGUGUGGCUCUGCUUCGAUGUCAUGUGCUGCAGCGCCUCCAUCCUCAACCUGUGCGUCAUCAGCCUGGAUCGCUACGUCUUUAUCAUCUCGCCGCUGCGCUACAAGCAGAGGAUGACCCUCCCUCGGGCGCUGCUCCUUGUGGGCGCCGCCUGGGGGUUGGCCGCGCUGGCGUCCUUCCUGCCCAUCGAGAUGAAGUGGCACAGCUUGGGCCACUUAAGCGGCCGGCCGCCGACUCCGGGAGGCGGAAACGACAGCUCGGACUCGAUGUACCCGGCGUCCUACUUCCAGGUCUCGCCGCCCGGAGGUCUUUACUUUCAGUGCCGCCUGCAGGUCACCUUGCCCUUCGCACUGGUGGCGUCCGUGCUCACCUUCUUCUUGCCCUCAAGCGCCAUCUGCUUCACUUACUGUCGGAUUCUUCUGGCAGCUCAGAGACAAGCUAAGAGGGUGGCGGCCUUGAGCCACCCACCACACCCUCACCCCUCUCUUAGGGAACAAUCCAGGCCUCCUUCACUUGGGGGUGCAGCUCAGCAAGAUGGAGAUGACUGCAGCAACCAGGAGCGCCCGGUGCCGCAGAAUCUACUGCCGUCAGCGAGCAGUGAGCGUGGCCUGACGCACAGACAAGGUCGCAGGGCGCUGAAGGCCAGCCUGACGCUGGGAGUCCUGCUGGGACUCUUCUUCUGCGCUUGGCUGCCAUUUUUCAUCGCCAACAUGGCCCAGGCAGUGUGCGAGUGCGUGCCCCUGGCCCUGUUUGAUGCCAUCACGUGGCUGGGCUACUGCAACAGCACCAUCAACCCCAUCAUCUACCCGCUCUUCAUGAGGGACUUCAAGCGAGCGCUCGGGAAGCUGCUGCCCUGCUCCUCGUCCUCGUCCUGGCGCUCGCCCAGGCAGCUCUCGCCAGCGCUCUCCCUGUCCCUGCGCAACUCAGGCACCCAGCCCUCAUCCCCUGACACCACCACGCCCCCGCCGCCCGCCACCGCCACCGACGCCGUCAACCUGCUGGACGCCGAACUGCCGCAUCUCCUGCCCAAUCAGGUGGUCACGCCGGACUGAGCGGAUUCAGUCUAAGACGGGGAGUGCGGUCAAAAUGGUGUACCACAGAUGAAAACUGUUCAUGUGAUGAUGUCAACGACUGUGAGUGACGCUAAGAAAAGCUCCGCCUCACUUUGGCUUUCAUCUAAUCAUGGCUACACUCCCACAUAUACGACAACCUGUCUUUUUAAAAACUUUUUUUCUAUGCAGUCUUAUAUUUGGCCCAACAUGCCAAAUACAGUCUACAUUUAAAACUAAUUUGCCCCAAAUAUAAGACGUCCAGUCUUUUUUCCCCAAGGAGGAAAACAAUUAGUAGCAUAAUCAGCUCAACACGCCAUAUACAAAACAUAAACUAUCCUCAAAUAUAAAACGUCCUUAUCUUUUUUAGACUUUAUUUUACGGGGAAAAUGGUGUCUUAUAUUUGGUUAAAAUGAAAGUUUUAACCUAAAACAUAAAUUAGCCCGAGUAAAAUAUAACCUGCCUUUUUUUUAACUUUUAUCUUAUAGUUGGCUCAACAUACCAUGUACAGUAUAAAGCUAAGCCCUAAAUUAGCCCUAAGUAUAAUACGAUCUGUCUUUAUGAGGCUUUAUCCCAGGGAAGAAAAAUACCGUGCUUUGUUAGUCAACACAAGUGCCGUUUAAAAAUGAACACAAAUUAAUCCCCGAAUAUAAGACUACCUGUCUUAUUGAGACUUUUUUCCAGGGGACCAAAAAACUGUGCUAUGUUUGAGUCGACACGUCAUGUGCAGUUUCAACAUAAAUGAACUUCAAAUAUAGAAUGUCCUGUCUUUUGAAACAAAACAAAAAAACAAAAACUUUUUUACAAAGACGAAAAAUACUGUCUAAUAUUCGGCUCAACAUGCCAUGUACAGUUUAAACCUAAAACAUAAAUCAGCCCCGGAUAUAAGACGACCUGUCUUUUUGAGACUUUUAAGGGCGAAAAAUACUGUCCUACAUUCAGGUCAACGCGACAAUGUACAGUUUUCACCUAAAACAUAAAUUAGCCCCAAAUAUAGGACCUCCUUUAUUUAUUUUUUAAUUAACCCCAAAUAUAAAACAACCUGUCUUUUUGAGAGUUUUCUACUGGGGGAGAAAAAUACCGUCCUAUAUUUGGGUCAACGCAACAUGUACAGUAUCCUGUCUUUUUUUUAAAUACUUUUUUGUAAGGGGGGAAAUACCGUCUGACAUUUAGCUCAACAUGACUUGUACCGUUUACACCUAAAACAUGCAUUAGCCCCAAAUAUAGGACCUAUUGUCUGUUUUAAAAAACAAAAAAAAUUUCAAUGGGAAAACGUACCAUCUUACAUUCAUCUCAACAUGACAUAUACAGUUUAAAUCUAACAAAUAAAUUAGCUUCGCAUAUAAGACGACCUGUAUUUUUCAGACUUUUCUUUUGGAGGAUAGUAAUAGCGUCCUAUAUUUGGAUCAAUGCAAUAUGUACAGUUUACACUGAAAACAUAAAUUAUUAGGCUUCUUUUCAAGGGGGAAAAAUACGGUCUUAUAUGUUUGUCAUCACACCAUAUACAGUUAAAACUUAAAACAUAAAUCAGCCCCGAAUAUAAAACUUUUUGCAACUUUUUUUCUAGGGGAGAAAAAUACCGUCCUAUAUUCAGGUCAACGCAACUUCCUGUCUUUUAUUUUUUUAAUGCUUUUCCCAAAGGGCAAAAAUACUGACUUACAUUUGGUUCAACACAACAUGUAAAGAUGUACACACCUAAAACACAAAUUAUUCCUGAAUAUGAGACGACUUCUCUUUUUUAAAUGUUUCUUUGAGGGGAGAAAAAUACCGAUAUAUAUUCGGGUCAACGCAACAUAUACAGUUUACCUCAAACAGAAAUUAGCCCUGAACUCUCUUACUGAGACUUUUUUCCCAGGGAAUAAAAAAACUGUGCUGUGUUAGAGUCAACAAGUCAUGUGCAGUUUAAACAUAAACAUAAAUUAACAACAAAUAUAAGACGUACUGUCUUAUUUUAAAAGAAUAAUUUUUUUCACAAGGAAAAAUUACCGUCUUACAUUCGGCUGAACAUGACAUGUGCAGUUUAAACUUAAAACACAAAUUCUUCCCGAAUACAAGACCACCUGUGUUUUGAGGUUUUUCUUCUUGGGGAGAAAAAUCUAAUUCUAUUUUUGGGUCAAGGCAGCAUGUACAUUUUACACCUUAAUCAUAAAUUAGCCCCGAAUAUAAGACAAACUGUCUUACUGAGACUUAUUUUCCAGGGAAGAAAAAACUGUGCUAUGUUAAAGUCAACACGUCAUGUGCAGUUUAAACAUAAAUUAACUACGAAUAUAAGACCUACUGUCUUUUCUUUAUUUAAUACU